GAUAAUGUCGGGAAAAAUAAAGCAUCAACUCAGUCUUAGUGGCAACGUGGCUUGUUUGCAGGCAUGGGCGGUGGAAAGAUUUUCUUUGCACCGGCACACAAGUCACAGGAGGUUCCCACGGAUUAGGAGUUGGCAACCGUUAAAUGCAAGGAAGAAAACAAUAAAAGAAAUAUUGAGGACCGGAGACGUAAGUAUAUUGAACUGUGUUAUAAAUUUUGGUUGGAUAUAUUUGAGUAAUGUUGAUGUUUGUUGAUGGUUGUUGAUGUUUGUUCAUGUUUGUUGAUGGCUGUUUAUGUUACAGUUAAAUCUUGAUUGGUAUGUAAGUCGUAUCGAUCGUAAUGAUGCUGAACUGCGUGUUGCGUUGGGUAUUGAUGACAUUGGGUUGUCUAAAGGUGAAGAAUCAAAGGCAAAUGCAUCAAUGAUUCAGGAAUCAGAUGAGGAAAGCACAGACACUUGCACGUGGCUAGCAGANGCUGAUGUGAUAUUGAAGAAGACCAAUUCUGAAAUAGCGUCUAUGCAUCGUGAGAUUUCUAGGCUAACGAAGGAGGUAAUGGACCUUCGUCAAUUUCCAAUGCAAAACGAAGAAGGUAGAUUCGGUGAACCUGCAGAAGGAGUUGGUGCAGGUGACGAAGAUGUCGAUGUUGGAGAGGAUGACCACCNUUUAGGGGAAGAAGUACCGGCAGGUGGGGAUGAAGAAGGAGUUGGUGCAGGUGACGAAGAUGUGGAUAUCCAACCAUCCAGAUGA